UUUUUUUGUCCGAUAGAAAAUUAUAUCAUUAUGCUUUCAAAGUCAGUAGAAGUUGAGCAACUAUAAUUCAUUAAAAAUUCAUCUCAUCUCUCAUGUAAAAUGAUUCAAGGUCAUAUGAGAUCACAUCUAAAGAGAAAGAAAGAGAAAAGGAUAUUAAGAUCAAUGUCACUUAAUUUUUUAGACUCUUUGACCGAUAGAAAAUAAUAUUACUAUCCUUUCAAUGGAUAAAAAUAGAACAACUAUAAUUCAUUAAAAAUUCAUUUUGUCCCUAAUAUAUGAUGGUUCAAGGUUAUUCGAGAUUACUUCUAAAGAGGGAGAAAGAGGGGAGAAGAGGAUGUAAAGAUCAACGUCUAUAUAUGUUCGACACUUGAGUCACAAAAUUCUGAAUAAUCACCAAGCAAGUCUUUGUCUACUUUACCACGAAAGCGUGCUGACUCUAUCGCAGUGUUUAAAUUCGUUCGGAUUUAAUAGGAAUCAGUUUCGAUUAAGCACUCUUCCUUUCUACGAAUAGAUCCUUACCCUCUGCCUAUUUUCGUUCUAAACUUAUGCUUCUUCUUUUAGCCGAUGAUUCGAAUCCUUUUUAACUUUCGCGGGCAAAUUGUUGUAUGAAUGAAAUAUUUUAAUUUAACCUAUUUUCCACCAUUCGUACAAAUAUUAUUUCUUUUAUUUUAUUAUCAUAUUUUUGUGAAUAUUACAGUAAUAUAUAUAUUUAUCUGAUCAAAUCUUUACAAUCGUAUAGUAAAAAUUUAUUGUAUCCUCGAUUUCAUUUUUUUUUUAUUUUUUUUUUUAAUUUUGUUCAAUUUCCUGACAAAGUCCGAGAUAAAAGAAUAUAUGAGAUGACAUGUAAUUAUGAUAUACAAACAAAAGAAAAUAUAUAUAAAAUUAUUUGAUUCGUUGGAGCAAAACUCGUGAUAAAAAGAUUUGACCUCGACAGAAACUUUCUCGUUCUCGUGUGUUUUUUCAUUCGUACGCAGAGUAUAUGCCAUUAUUAAGUCGCUUAUUGUCUCGAAUUAUUCCCCUCUGCCGAUCAUAACUACGUUGAGCAUGAUGAGAUGACUCACGUUCAUUAAUCGUCUAACGGGUGUUCCGGCGAAUCAUAGAAAUUGAUGCAUAAUUUUAACAACUACGCAGAUGCUCGAAAAGACAACAUUUAUUUUAACAAUAUUUAAACUUUUAGGUUAUAAAAUAAGAAAAAGAUGAUUCGAACAAAAUUUUUUCUGUCGUUCUAAUAUUUAUCAUAAUAGAAUAAAUAUAUGAGCUAUCAUGAAGAUAAUUAUACAAUGUGUGUAUAAUAAAAAAAAAAUUAUUUUUAAUGCGAUUUGAAAAACUUGUCAUUUCAAAAUGGCGCCAUUUCGAGAUAUUCUAUUCGUUGGUAGAACUGCUUGUCAAAGUGUCCUAAUAAGUUGAAAGACCUAGUGACUUUUUUUUACUAUUCGACGAAGGGAGAUACGCAAAUAAUAAUCUCUUCUUUUAAUCAAUGCGAUUAUACUUUUAUCGGACAAUGUUAGAAUGUGUUAUCUCACGAUAAGAAAAAAAUAGAGAGAUUGAGUAUGAAUAGAAGGUCGUGUUGUUAGUGCGAUUUUGUAAAUAUUCAAGGAAACAUCGGUUCGUUGUUUCGCAAAUAAUUAAACGGAUUUUUGGGCGAUAAAAAUUAAAUCAUUGUGAUUGAAUCUUAAUGCUGCUCCGUUCUAUUAUUCAUUGACAUGACACGGCUAAGAGGCCGAGCUUCUCUCAUGAUAAUCGUAAUGAUCACCUUCACACUGAUGAUAGUUAUAUAUCAUAUUCUCAGUAAUGAAAUAGAUAGUAUUUCAUCCGGUAAGAUAAAUUCUCGAAUGAAAGUUGAAGAUGUUUAUCCACUUGGUGAUCUCACAGAGAUUCCUAGCAGUAUAGCCAAGAAACAACAAAUUGAAGCUCAAAUUACAAGAAAUGCAAAGCUUGCCAGAAGUAGGCAAUUUGAAGAUGAUAAUGAUAAUAUAUAUUCAUCGUCCAAUCCAUUGUUCAAAGGACACAAAAUUGUUCAUUUAGAUUUAAAGGGUGCUCCGCCUAAAAUAGGUUAUUAUAAAUAUCUUUUACCAUUACUCAAAAAGUUAGGUGCUACUGGAAUACUUAUAGAAUAUGAAGAUAUGUUUCCAUUCGAUGGAAGAAUAAAAGAUAUAAGCGCUGGUAAUUGUUAUACCAAAGAAGAUAUACGUAUUAUUCAGAAGUUAGCAGAAGAAAAUAAUCUUAUUGUCAUACCAUUGAUACAAACUUUUGGACAUUUGGAAUUUAUUCUUAAGCUUGAUAAAUACAAAGAUUAUAGAGAAGUUCCAAGAUAUCCGCAAGUAGUAUGCCCUACUUACAAUAAAACGAUACCAUUGAUUUAUGAAAUAAUAGAUCAAGUUGUAGCUGCUCAUCCCACUUCAAAACACUUGCAUAUCGGAGCAGAUGAAGUAUAUCAGAUAGGAGAUUGUUCAAGGUGUGUAAAUACUAUGGUUAAAAAGCAUUGGACUAAAAAACAAUUAUUCCUUGAUCAUGUAUCUAAAGUAGCUAGUUAUAUCAAGGAAAAGUAUCCACAGCUUACAGUAUUAAUGUGGGAUGAUGAAUUUCGUGAAAUUUCUCCUCAAGAAAUAAUAGAUAAAGAUUUGCAUUUAAUGGUGGAACCAGUUGUAUGGAAAUAUACAACCGAUCCAGGUUCUACUUUGACAGAUCAAUUAUGGGAGAGUUAUGGUGCUGUUUGGAAAAGUGUCUGGGUCGCGACAGCUUUUAAAGGAGCUACUGCACCAGAUAGAUUUUAUACGGAUAUACCUUAUCAUCUGGAAAAUCAUGAACAUUGGUUAGAAAUUAUUAUCGAAUACUCUAAUCAAAUUACAUUCAAAGGUGUUAUUCUAACAGGAUGGCAAAGAUAUGAUCAUUUUAGCGUACUCUGUGAACUUUUAUCAACAGCCAUUCCAUCGCUUGCUAUUAAUCUGGCAGCCUUACAAGUAUCUGAUCUGAAUGGUUUUCCUAUUGAGGUACCUAAUCAACUAGUAGACAUAUUACAAUGCGAAAAUAUUAUCUCUUUGAGUAUACCGGAACCUCAAUAUGGAUGGACAAAAUGUGGGUUUCAUGGAUCAGCUGUAUAUGCAGUUACCGUAAGACUUUAUUCUUUAAUGCAAGAAAUAAAUAAAAUGGAACAAGACAACAUCUUUAAAGGAUGGUUGAAACCAUACAAUUUAAAAUACUCUUUCUCAAGUCCAAGUCAUAUUGAACGAAUAAUAGAUGAAUUGAAUAGGCAUAAGUUGGAGAUAAUGUAUAUCGAAAAAGAAAUGCGUUCUGCAAUGAAAGAUAUUUAUGACAAUUAUACGAUACAGGAGUGGCUAGAAACGUACAUUACGCCUAUAAAUGAAAAAGUCACGCAAUUGUAUGAGGCAGAAGAGAAAAUUCUUGAAAAAAAUACUUGGCCAAGAAGACCGUUGACAAAGGUUGAUUGAAAGAUGAUUAUUUUUCAAGAGUACACAAUUCAUUCUGGGUAACAGAAAUAGAUAAUAAGAGACUGAUUAAAAAUUUAUUAGAAAAAAAAAUUGAAUAUUGAGAUAUAUUAUCUUUGUUCUUACAAAUAACAGAUAAUCAAUGCAAUAAUAAGUUAAUUAUAUAUACACUAUGUUUUUUAAAUUCUUGAUAAAAAUAACAUUAUAAAAAAAAAAAAAUUCGAUAAUCUGAUUAACUACGCCGUCCGUGAUUUAAAGUAUCACGUUCGUCUCAUUACGAAUAAUAAAAUCUUUAUUACUUGGAUUUAUUUCGAAAUCGAAAGAACGUGUUAAACACACAAAAGUGAAUUAUACGAUAAAUCUCUGUGCGUGGUACAAUCAAAGUGCUAAUAUGUAUUAUACCAAAGUUGGUUUAUUAUUUGCAUUAAUUACUUUAAUUGCAAAUACCUUUUACAGUAAAUGUUAUAAUAUGUAUACAUGACUUGUACAAGAACAUAUAGUCAUACUCAUUGUUAGUGCAAGUCGUAGAAAUCUUAAAACAGUCAAUGUAAUUUUAUUCUUAUGAGAAGUUUGAUCCCUCUCUACUAAAUAUUUGUUCUUUUUCUCUAGUAGUUAUUAGUAAGUGUUUCUAUGUUGAAUCAUAGUAAGGCAUAUUUUAUGAGAUUAAAUUUGUACUAUAUACACACACACACACACACACACACAUACACACAAAACACGUAACAUGCUAUGGUAAUUGUACAAUACUAUUGAAAAAUAUUUUCAAUCUUGUUAUGAUAUGGAUAUUAAUCUUAUUAUUGCCCGUAGGAAAAUAUCAAUAAAAUUGUUUUUCAAUUA